AUGAAUGGUUAUUUGAAGUCCGCAGUUGUUGCCCUUGGCUUCCUGGCGCUGUGUGCCUUUGCAAACGCCGAUGACAACCGUGGUAGAAGAUCACAACAAGGGUAUCUUCAGAAGUAUCCACACGACCUUGGAACAAGUUACCGCAUACUUGGUAUUGGCAAAAUGCCUUCCGGCUCUGGUAGUUAUGGACACGGAUCCGCUGGCUACGAUAAACAAGGAUUUGGCGGCUACGGACAAGGGGCAAGGAGCUACGGCCAGGGUAAACAGGUAUAUGGCGGCUACGGACAAGGUUCAAUGAGCUACGGCAUCGGUAAACAGGGAUUUAGCGGCUACAGACAAGGGUCAAUGAGCUACGGCCAGGGUAAACAGGUAUUUGGCGGCUACGGACAAGGUUCAAUGAGCUACGGCAUCGGUAAACAGUGA